AUGGGUUAUCUAAUACUGACAAAAUUUUUAUUGCUGGUAAUAUCUAUCUAUCUAUCUAUCUAUCUAUCUAUUUAUCUAUAUUAUUGGUUUUUAUAUUAUUAUAUAUUGGUUUGUUUUGUUUUACGUCAUAUCAACCUCAAUGGGUUAUUUAAUGCUGACAAAAUUUUUUUUGCUGGUAAUAUCUAUCUAUCUAUCUAUCUAUCUAUCUAUCUAUCUAUCUUCUUUUUAUAUAUAUUGGUUUGUUUUGUUUUACGUCAUAUCAACCUUGUGGGUUAUCUAAUACUGACAAAAUUUUUAUUGCUGGUACGUCAAUAUCUAUCUAUCUAUUUAUCUAUCUAUCUAUCUAUCUAUCUAUCUAUCUAUCUUGUUUUUGAUAUAUAUCUAUCUAUCUAUCUAUCUAUUCAUCUAUCUAUCUAUUCUAUUAUUGGAUAUAUCUAUUUAUCUAUCUAUCUAUCUAUCUAUCUAUCUAUAUAUUGGUUUGUUUUUGUUUUUAUCAUAUCAAUUUCAAUUUUAUUUAAUGAUCUAAAUUUUUUCAUGCUCAUAUAUCUAUCUAUCUAUCUAUCUAUCUAUCUUGUAUCUAUCUAUCUAUCUAUCUAUCUAUCUAUUUUUUUUUAA